GACACUAGAGGCUUCCUGUUGCUCGGUGUGGGUCUGAGUUGUUUUGGUUAGCAGGAUGCUAGCACAUGCUGUCUGCUGUAGCCGGCUGUUGUAGCGGUGAUGGCUCUCCCAUAAAGCGGGGGAGCGGGACUGUUUUCCGAUCAAACACCGAGAAAAGUGCCGUGGCCAUGGCUGGAGUUUUUGACAUCGAUUUAGACCAACCGGAUGAGAAUGUCUCUGACGACGAACUGGAGGAUGGGGUGAGUGUACGUUAUCAGGCUUAUUACCGCCGCUACUAGCCUGUUAGCUGGGAAGUUAGCGCCCAGCUAGCACUUUCGAGGCCUGCGUUGCUAAGGAUGGUGGUUCCAUUAUCGGACGUGUCCUCAUUUACCCCUUUCCCGCGAAAUCUGGCAGUGCACCACAAAAGACUACACUGUGUUUAGAGAAAUUUCCACAGGCCUGCCUAUAUUCAGAACAUUAACUUUAUUGUAUUUCAAGUAAACGUCUGUCAUGCUAAUGCCUUAACGCCGAUAUAUGACUAACAUAUAACCGAUGCCAUUAGUCUUCAUGGCUGUUAGUGUUAGUGUGUUUUGUCGAGUUUGGCUGCUUUGACAAAAAAAAUCUAUCCAUGAGCGACGGGGCGAGUCUGUAAUAUAGGUUUUUAACAUCAUCCAAUAAAUAAUAUUCCAAGUAAUUACUUCAUUCUAGACGUUUGCACACUAUCUGGGACACUUUCACAUACUGUUUGAGUAUGUAAACCUUGAGAGGAUGCGUUUCUUAAUAGGCUAAUACCCUCUUAAAGCGCUCUCGGACUGCUUUGUAUGGCUCCAUCACUCGCUCAGUUUGUACCCUAGAAAAAGAGGAAGCAUGUUAUUAUGGUAAAUUCAGAUUUUUUUGAUAACGAGUUUGGGAGAAACACACUAACGUACUGAAGAAGUGCGCCCGGGCAUGCGCGUGUAGACGUAGUGCUUCAUCUUCUUAGGUAGCAUUAUUUCAUGUAACACCGGCUACUCCUGGUCCAACACAAAAUUCGUUGCUGCUGUGGUCGUUUGUGAGCUGACACUAAGGCAUAAACCAAAGUUCUUUUCCCCCCCGAAAAACUCCAGAAAACACCACAGUUAAAGAGGCGUAACAACUGCCGUGUCCAAUCUUUUAAUAUCUGAUCCUGCGUUGGCUCUUCUGGUCGGGCGGGCGUUGCUAAAUUCAUGUCCGACAAUGGAACCACCGAAGCAGAUAAGGCGGUUUCACGCACUCUAUCGGCAUCCGCCUGUUGUAGGGACGCAGAUAUACGAUAACAAGACCCCAAACGCCACAUACAUUGUUUGACAACGACUUUGACAAACAAGAAGUGGGACACUAAUGAACUAAAGCUGUGGGUGACCAACACAAACGCAUGUGAAGCUUGAAAGACAACACUGUUAGUUUGCAGUCCCAUCACUCACCGAAGUUACUUAGGUUAUUUAUGUACUAAUAUUACAAUAAAUAUGCUAAAUUUUUAAAAUCUGAUGUGAAGUACAAUAAAUUGACUCCUUAUUGAUUUUAACAGAAGUCUUUAUUGAAUGAGUGUUUUUCAAAUGGAAUAUUGUAUAUCCACAUAUUCAGUUAGACUAUGAGGAAACAUUACAAAUACCAGCUGAAAACAGAGGUUAGACACGGUACUGGAAAGUUAAGUGAACUAAAAAAAAAAGGCCAAGAAAUGUUCAAAUGUGUCAAACAUUGAUAUUUUAAUUCAUACCUCUAUUUUUAAAGUUGAUGUCCCUAUGUGUGUAGUCUCAUCAUUUUUCUUGGUUUGCAUUUACAAUACUGUACUUAAAAACAUACGUAUUAAUCUGAUUAAUACGAAUAUUGCUAUUUCAGUGCAGCUUAAUAAAUUGUUGGCUUGCCACUGCCAGUUAAUUUAGACUGAACCAAAUAAGAAGGUAUAUUGAAUAAAAAUAUGUGGUGGAUAACUCUCAAAAUUUAAUCACUGAAACAGACAUUAAAGCUUCUGUUAGUAAAUUUUAAUUUGCCCGGUUUAGGCGAUUCCUGAGUUAAGAUUGGCCACCAUUAUUUAUUCCACCUGCCUUUACUUUGACUGUCAUAGAUAUGACCUAUGGACAAUUUUUGUCAUGAACAGCAAACCAAUGCAGUCCCAGGAGCUUGCAGUUCAUCACUUCUAUGGCACCACCCAUCCCGGUUUUUUCAGACAUUAAAAAUAACCACACUGAAAUACAGAAGUUAAUCAUUAUGCUAAUGGUCAUAUUAUGUCUUAUAGUUCAUCAAGAGACAUCAGUAUUAAUUUCAGUAUUUGUCACGGCUAGCUGAAAACUCCUCACAGGAAUCUAAAUACAUCCAAAGUUGGCUCCCUUGCCUUCAAAUUUGCUGAUUCAUUUGUUUGUUUUGUCCUUUCUCUUGCUUUCAGGGCCAGCUCAGUGAAUACAUGGACCAGUGCAGUGGCUUUGAAUUGUGAGUAAAAGUAGAGCUGUAUUUGUCCCAAAGUCAUUAAUUUAAUUUGGAUGAAUGGAAGUAAUUACUUACAUUGAGGAUCUUUGAAUAAUUAAGGGCCUUAAACUGUUUUCAUUGAACUUUUUUUUCCUAACCAAAGUUGACUCUACCAUUACCAUGAUUAGUAAAAGCCUCUACAAGGGUUAGGGUGAUUUUGCAUUGUUGGUACAGUUCAACUGAAGGGAUUAGUAGCAUGGUUUUAUUUAAUGUUGACUGAAAGCAGUAUCUAAAAUGAAUGUGUUCAGUUAGGUUAAAGCCGGCUGACAGCAAUCAUCAUCAUUCUCAUGAAAACAUAUUUUAGGUGCCCUGCCAAGUUUUAACUUGUGUAUGCUUGUAGAAAUAAUCCUGUUUCCCCCUCACAUAUGACCUGGUUCUUUUAUCACCAAACUAUAGGUGGCACUGGGCUUAAAUAUGUAACAAUAUGGUGGUAAAUGAAGCCUGUCUUUUGCUCUAAUCUGCUGUACUGAUGGGUAAAAUUUUGUCCGUUUGCUCGUUAACAUGCUACCAAAUCAUGUCAAUAAUUAUUGAAAGUAUUCAUUAAAACAAAUAAACAUUCAGCUUAAUUGAAAUCAAGUAAUUAAAUUUCAAAAGUGUAAUUAAUAUAAAGCCUUAAUUUCACUGAAAACUGUGCAGGCAACUUGCUAAAUGUUGAAACUGUGAACUUUAUUUUGACAAAUAUAGGCUCAUUUUAAAUGUGAUCCCAGCAACACCUUUAAAAAGUUGGGACAAUUGCAGUAACAUGUUUACUAAAGUGUUGCAUCACCUGUCCUGUAACAACUUCAGUAAACACUUGGGAACAGGGGAGACCAGUUUCAAGAAUUUGCAGAGUGAAAUGUCGUCUCAUUUUCGCCUGAUAUAGGAUUUGAGCUGCUCAACAGUUUGGGUCUCCUUUGUUGUAUUUUUCAUUUCAUAAUGCCCUAAAUGUUCUUAUGGGUCAAAGGUCAUGACUGGAGGUUGCCCAGUUUAACAGAUUCAGACUCUUUUUCUACAGAACCAUGCAGUUGUAAUAUGUGCAGAAGGUGGUCUGGCAUUGUCUUUUUCUAUUUUGCAAGGUCUUCCCUGUAAAAGCCAAUGUCUGAAUGGCUGCAUAUGUUGCCAUAAAACCUGUAAAUGGUACCUCCCCCAGAUAUUUAAGCUACCCAUGCCAUGGGCACUAAUGCAACUGUCAUAGAUACUAACUUUUGAAAUGUGUGCAGACAACCAGCCAAGUGUUCCCCUGACUCUUUAGAGUGUAAGGUGCAGCAAAGUCAAAUUUUGGACAGUUUUUUUUUUAACUUCCUAUUAGUCCAUCUAAAAUAAGCUCUGACCCAGAGAAGUCAUUUGCAUUUCUAUUAUAUUAAUAAAUACAAGUGUCCACUUCUGGGAAAGGCGGAAGUGUCCACCAAAACACGUGAAGGUAUGUGAAAAGAUUACAUGUCUGAGGUAAAAGAAAAAAAGAAAAAGAAAACCAUUUCUAAGAAACUGAAGACGUAAUGAUGAUUUUGAUUGAUUAAAUGAUUUUCUUUUAGCAUUAAGUUCUUGUAACCUAUAUUUGUGGAUACUCAGAUGAACUGUGUUCUCAAACCCUUUGUAAUUUUUAUUCUUAGAAACAUAAUCCUGAAGUUGUAAGAGACUGCAUGAGUAACAGAGUAGUGAACUUUUUCCUAUCUUUACUUCUGAGAGACUCAGACUCGCUCAAAUACCCUUUUUGUACCCAGUCAUGUUACUUACCUGUUGCAUUUUUCAUGAAAUAUUUCACCUAAAUCUGUUUUAACAUAGCAUCCCAGCUUUUUUGGAGUUGGGGUUGUAAAACUAGGGUAUGGCCCAAGUGUGUAACUGGGACAGGUUUUUAUUUGUUACUGAUAGCCAUUAUUACAGAUGGACUGGUAUUUAAUGAAAUGCAGUUUAUAAUUACAGAUGUGGUCAAAUUUUGGUACCCAUACUUUUUGUCUGAUUUAUGGAUCUACUUAACGCACUUUAGUUUGGAGAAAGCUUGCACUGUACACACAUACUGUAUGUGUAUCUCAGUCAGUCUCAGAUAAAGCAUAACUCAGUGCUUGGGUGAAUUAUAUGUACUGGAGCACUCACUGUUAAUACUGCUGUGUAUGUUGGAUAAUAUGAACAGAAUGUUGAGCUUUGAUUAUGAUUCUUUUCUUAAUGUUCUUGUUUUCAGUAACAUGGAUGACUGUGAGAAGUUUGAAAUCUCUGAGGACAGCGUGAACAAGGGAACAGAGCAGAUCAGACCUGAAUGCUUUGAGCUGCUGAAAGUUUUGGGCAAAGGUGGCUAUGGAAAGGUGAGGCAUCUGACUCUCCAGCAUGUUUACGAUGAUUUGAAUCACAGUUAUUCACAACACUCAUGACUGUGACUGAUUUUCUUGCACAGUGUUGUAAUUAAUUUGAAUUUUGGAUAUUGAAGGUUUUAACCACAGAGUUGGUCAGCAAACAGUGGAGUAAUAACACUAACAGCUGUGUGGACUCAACGAUGAUGUAUGUUCUGAAAAGUGGGAAAAUCCCUUGUGUCCUUUUUCUUUUGGGGUUUGGACCUGUCAGUAUGUGGUGUAGACACUUGCAGUUGUCUUUAAAUUGAAAUGAGUUUGGACUUUUUUACUGGAAGUUCAGAUCUGCACCCUUGAAAUUAGAGCUGUUUAUGAGAAACCUUUUAAAACCCAGACAUACAUCACAAUAUGUUUGAACUGUUGCAAAGUUAAAAAUGCAUACCCAGCCUUUAAAUGUAACAUCUGCUGUCAUCAAACAGUCUCCUGUUUGGUCACAUCAGUGCAAAACCAGACCCUAAUCAUCUGUCUGUCAAAGUGUAAGACCACUGACGUCAAGAAGUUUUAUUUCAUUGUUUUAUUUUGGCAUUACCAACACAAGGACCUCUGGAAAUUUCCUGACCUCUACUUUUCUAAGCCUGGCACAGAAAGUGCACAUCACAGUUAUUUUGGAAACACUUUUUACUUGGCAAGAAGAUGCGUGACUUAUUCCUUCUUGAAGUGGUUUUAUGUCUGAUGACUAAGAAGUCAAUUUCUACAUCCUGGGAAUUUCUCAGCCAACAUUCUCUCAGAAAAAAAAACACUCAUCUGUUUUUAUAUUCUCUGAUUUUGACACUUCAUGUUUUAACACAACUUAAAAGAUACUUUUCCUCAGAACUCAGACCAAAUAGUCCCUCUAGUUCGUACCAAGAAAUAGAAGAAUGACAGACAUUAUUCAGCUGCUCCUUCAACAGUGCAAGUCUACAAAAAUGCCAUAAUACAAGAUACAAAAAUCUACAAUGGUAUUGUAAUACAAGAUAAAAAAAUCCAUAACAGUAUCAUAAUACAAAAUACAAAACUCUACAAUAGUGCAGUAAUACAAAAUACAAAAGUCCACAACAGUGCUAUAAUACAACACACAAAAGUCUACUACAGUGCAGUAGUUAUACAAAAUACAAAAGUCUACAACAGUGCAGUAAUACAAAAUUCAAGUCUAUCAUAGUGCUGUAAUUAGGGUUGCAAAAGUCCAGGAAUUUUUCAAGUUGGAAACUUUCCAUGGGAAUUAACGGGAAAAAAUCUGAAAUUUACAAAAUUGAAGGUUGGCCCUCAACAGGAAACUUAAAUAUAGUUGGGAAAAUAUAUUGUAGCAUAACCUUGGCUAAAACAACCGGAUUUAAUGCAAGUACACUCCUCAAUCACAUACACACAGCACACUGCGUACUGCAGGGCUAUUAAGGCCACACCCCCUAUAUGCACUGAGCAUUCCUCUAUCACAUGUACAGAUGAUUUCUUGAACCCUGGAGCUUAUUAUGGUGGUGGUAGCUACCUCAAAUAUGAUGGUGUUUUUUCUGACUCCUGCAAGACAGUUUUCUGUAAACAUACAAUAAUUUAUACAUCAAGUGUCAAAUAUUUUGAAGACCAUUCCAGUUGUUUAGCCGACUAUAUUUUAUUUUAUUCUACAGAAAAAUGCCACGUUUGCCAUCCGAUGUGUGUCAUGUUUUUUAUUUGAAUUAUUUUGCAUGGAUGUCUGCUUAUGACAAAACAAAAAUAUUAACAUUUAUGUUUGGAUAUGAUACAGUUGGUUUAAAUUACCCCCAGUUUCCAGUUAAUUCCCUAUAAUUCCCAUAAAUUCCCAUAAUUACCAUGGGAAGUUUCCAAAUUGGAAUAUUUCCAAAAUUCCCCGGCUUAACUUCCCAUGGCAUGAAAAGUUUCUGGAAAUAUAUUGACAAUUUUCCGCCGCUUUGCAACCCUAGCUGUAAUACAAAAAUCUUAUUUUUUAGCUUUUUUUUUUUUGAAGCACUUAGUUUUGCAUGAGGCUCAUUAGAACAUGAUCAGCCCUUUUCCUUGCUGCUGUUUAUAGCAUUAGUUUGAUAGCUCCCUCUAAGCUUAUCAUGAGGUAUUUUUCUUCAUCUCAAGGGGGAUUUAGCAAAAGCUAAUCAGGCUUAAAAUGAUUAUAUUUUAAUUGGUUAACUGUUUCACUGCAUGUUUGAUUGCUAUCAGAGCCACAUUUAUUACUAUAAUUAUAUUAUGGAGGGUUAUUUUUUGAAACUGGAAGUAGGGGCUAAAACGAUCCCCGAAAUAACUCAAUUACCUAAAAGCCUUCAGGCAGAGUAUUUUUUCCUGGAGGUUUUGUUUAAAUCCAAAUAACUGUGCAGCACAUUGUGUUUCAUGCAUAACAUUUCAGCCACAGACCAACUAUUGGACACAAGCUGCGAAUCCUUAAAUGCCCCAACAAUAUUCAUGUACAAGCAAUAAAAGACAAAAACAGCCAUUAAACAAAUCACAUUUUUCAAAGUGAUUAAUUAAAUGAUAAUCAAGAUCUUGCUGAGUGAAACAGUGUUUAGUAACAGAGUUUAGUAACAGUGUUUCACUGUAUGUUAUUUGUUGGUAUCAUGCAUAUGCUAUACCGUAUGAUACCAGGUGAGUGACAGGUUAAAACUUUUGUUUCCAUUGUCGUCUCACGCAGUACAUUUACCUCUCAUUCAAAAAACUGCAUUAGUUCGACUGAAACUAAACUCUUAAGAUACUUGUAAACAUGUUAGCCUGACUGAAAUCGCACUAAAUCGUUCUUUUCAAACUCGAUUCACUCGUCCAUGUCUUCACCUCCAUCUAACUGAAACUGGUCAAAAUGUUUAGUGCAUGCCUCAGACUUGGCAGACCGAGCUUUGACCCAGAAGUUAAAUAACAUAAAUUUGUUGCUGGGAUCCAGGUAGAAAACAGAAUCUCAACAGGAGACGAAGAAAGGAUGUUAAAAAAAAAUGGCGCUGUCAUAUUUAAUGGUAUAUCCAAUAACAGUUGUCCACUUAAAUCACCUGACUAAGCUGUAACUGUAGCUUAACUGACUGCUUAUUUCCACUUGUCAAGUCAGCACAAGCAACAGAGUCCUCCUGGCCUCUUCUGUCACCCUGUGAGGACUAAAUUUCUCCAGACUUCAUCCUGAUUAACUUUUGCUGGACUAAUCUUGAUGCAUGCUCACAUGCUGUGGAUUCACUCAUGCUCAUUACGCUCUGGCUGAAAAUUAACUCAAGGAAAGAGAGUAAACUUUCAACUGUCUUAGUUGUGCAAAAAUUUGAGUUCAGCUGUUGCUCUCAUUCCUUUAAAAUCACCUUUUUUUCCUGCCGUAUCAAUCAAGAUAACUGGACAGCCAAACAAUAGAUCAAUAGAUGUGACAUUUACGUGAUGGUAAAGAUUAAAGUAAAAACAGAAAAAUCUAGCAUCUCACUGUGCUAUUAUUAGAUUACUUGAUCAAUCCCCAGCAAUAAUCAAUGUAAGACUCAGUUACUGAAAUAAACAGUCACUGUAGCUCUACUGGAAGCUGGGUUGGAGUUGUAAAAUCAUUGUUGUAAUUUGAACAUUGUGUGCUGAAUCGUUUCCAUCUUGCUUCUACACUUUAGCCAGUAUUCAUUUGCAUGCUGGAGCCUUGUCUGAAUGUAUGAGGACUGUGAUUGACAUGUUGUAAAUGUUUCCAGGUGUUCCAAGUUCGGAAAGUAUCGGGGGCCAACUCUGGGAAGAUAUUUGCCAUGAAAGUUUUAAAGAAGGUGAGGAAAUUUGUCUUUGUUGGUUUUGAGGUUAUAGUAUUAAUAACUCAUUCAGAGUAACUAUCGAUCAUCCUUAAAAUGUGAAUUAGGAGUCCUUAUGCCCCCUGGUGCACAGACAGGGAAGUGUAGAAGGCUGUCACAGGAAUUGGCAAAUGUAAGCAAAUCUUGAUGUAUGGGGAAUUAGCACCUCAAAUACUGUGACUCUCAGGCCAAAUGCAGCUUAACCGUGUCUCCUGUUUCAUGUGUGCUGAAUGUCACUGUGUGCCGUCUCUGGUGACAUACUGGUGCAUUCAGCCGUGAAGCCUGAAAGCUACGGGCAGACCACCCAAAAUAAUGGCAGCAGGCUUCCUCCCAUUAAACCUCAGAUGGGCUGCUUCUGUUCAGCUUGGCCUCCUCUCUGCAGCUGACACCGAGCUGGUGCCUGACUCUGCUCCAGAAGCCAACUCUUAUUUCCCAAAGCUUGAGGUUUGGCUUAAUGACUGUGUUUAUUGGUUUAAUGAGACUUUACUGUAGCUACCAAACCUGGCUUCCUGUAUGUGUCCUGGCCCUGCAGCAGCUGAUGUUGGAGCUACGACACAAGCCAACAGGGUUAUUCAGUCAAGGCCUGAAGAGUUCCACAGCCCUGACUCUCUGUGCCUUUCUUCCCUCUCCAGGCCAUGAUUGUGCGUAAUGCAAAAGACACAGCACACACCAAAGCUGAGAGGAACAUCCUGGAGGAGGUGAAGCAUCCGUUCAUUGUGGACCUCAUCUAUGCCUUCCAGACCGGGGGAAAGCUCUACCUGAUCCUGGAGUACCUGAGCGGUGAGUGAAGUGAUGCUCAGUCAAAUAAAGUGUUUCCUAAUGGUUGAGGAUUAACCAGAACUAGCAGCUACAGCAGCACAGGACCCUCAUCAGUGUUUCCCCUAUCGUGUGUUUACACACUAUCUGUGAUUUCUGUAAGUGUUGCUUGUCUUUGGGUAAGCACAGACAUGAACACACUGUCAGCCACUAAUUAAUUUAUUUAUUUUUUAGAAUUGAGAGCUGCUUUUAUACUGGCACUAUACCAGGGCAGCUGCAUUCCCUUUCGACACUUUAUUUUUAUAUUUACAUUUGUAUUGAAUGGACACUUUAUCAUUACUGCCACUUGCAGUAAUGAGUUGUAAAGAAAAAUAGUAAAAAAAGUGCAAUAAAAAAGCAAAUAGUUUGUUAUUCUCCAGUGCAGAGUCUUUACUUUUAUUUAUACAGCCGCUUCAUUUCAUUUGAGUUUGUUUGUUCAAGGUUUUCAAUAAUGUGAUGAAGGUUCAGAAAAAUAAAAUAUAGUUAUCUUGAAAGCCACGUGUGUAAGCUCUCAAAUAUUUUUUAAAUUUUGUGUCUAUCUGCUACAGAGGCCGAGAUAUCCGCUUUUUUGUAAACCUCAACACUUCAGACAACUUCUCAAAAUUGCCCUCAGGAUUUCAGAGGCGUGGCUCAGACAGGGUUCAGGUCUUAAUGGGUUAAGGGGGCAACCUUAAGUCUUGGGAAGUAAAGCUGAUGCAGAAGUGUGAAAAACUGCAGUUCCUCAAGCAUCCAACGAAGGCUGGCUGCAAAAGCACCAGAAGCCAUCUACACAUAUAACACUUUAAAGCAGAAACAAAGAUACCUGUUUCAAAUAUCAGUUUUGGUCUGAAUAGCUCAUUUCUCUGCCCUCACACAGUGUACAGUGGGUGAAUUUUAUCUAUAAUGCAUUCAUUUUAAAGAAACAAGGGCUUCAAGUUUGGCCUAUGCAUUUGCCGUAGAUACAAAGGACCGCGUGAUGACCUUGGUCUGAAAUCGUAGGAGAAGAACGAGUUAAUGCGCGGCCUUGAUUCACAUGUGUGAGUGUUUAAAUCUAAGCUGAUGGUGUUCCGGACAUAUGGCCAGCAAGUGCUUCCCACAUUUCUCAAAGCUCACUACCCCAUAUAUGCCACUCUGAAGGAUACAGAACUAUCCUCACAGACCUGCACUAAGACUUCGACCAGCAUUAUUCCAACUUCACUGACAAUGAUGGAGAGCUAUAGCUGGUGUCGUCGCCCCUCUCAUUGAGAAAGGAUGUGCAACUGGAACUGAUUGACAUUCAGACCAACCCUUCAACAUUCACAAGCCAAAAUUGAAUACAUCCACGCUGGACAACUUCAGAAGUUCAUCGAAGAAAAACAGGAACGAAACUGAGUCAUAAAUGCACUGGGGAUGCUAAUUGUGUUUGGAUCCACAUAACAGGCUCUAACUGUAAUGAACUACAACAAGUCAUGCCAUAGAAAACAAUAGAUAAACAUCUGUCAGCUGUGCUGCUUAUUACAACAGCAGUCAUGACACCUGACUUGGAUGGUCCCACAAAGAGAGGUGACCCUCCCAUUUUUCCCACUACACUGGGGUCAAAUACAUGGAAAGAAAUGCUUCUCAUGACAUGGCAUCAUUAGUGUCUCAGUUAAGGUUUACACUGGUCCUCAGGUGAGUUACAGCUACACAAGGAAAACAGGACCCAAUCCAAAAAAGGAUCCACCCUGCCAGGUGAAGUCCCCAGGUGAUAUUUAGAAACUUCAACAGCCCAAACUGAAAGUAUAAUCUUAUCGUUUUUUUAAAGCCUGGAGUCUUUCUAGACAACAGUUGUGCCAGAAAGUGGUUGUGGAGAGAAAAUCCAUCAAGCCAGCACUCAGGACAGUCUUUCCCGUCCCUUCUGGUACUUACAGCGGUUGAACUUUCUUUUGCCCUCUACCUAAAGCUCUUAAGGACAUUCUGAGAUGCCAUCUCCACAUGCUGUGUAUACUCUCAUAUAUUUUUAGCUCCAGCUCAAUGAUUUUGACCUUCCUCCAGGGUAGCCUUGUGUCUACAUGGAGUUUAUAGAAGGACCAGGAGGUGUCUCCUCUGAGCAUUACUGUGUCUGCUGUUGAUUUCAUUUUUGACUAAGGAAGCAUGACGUUUGCCUGGUAGGCCAACUCUGUUUGUUGUGUCAGGUGAAAAUGAUGGGGCUGCCGGCUGGCUGACAGAUUUUCCUCGCUGUAACAUGUUGAACAGUCAACACACUGGAAGUAGAAGAUUCAUUGACAGCAGAUGAACAUUUGAAGAGGAUGUGAAACACUUUAUGUGCCUGUCAUACAUGUCUUAGUAUUAGUUUGUCAUGGAUUUUACUUGUGUUUGGUCAUAUGAACGUCUGUGGGUAUUUCAGAAGGUGACUUACACAUAUUGAGGAAGAGCAUGUUGACCUGAAAAUUUACUAGAGGGAAAAAUUAACUUCCCUGGUCUUACCUCAGUUUCUCAUUUCUAAUGGAGUCAGGGAAAUGGUGAGAAAAAAACCUACCAUUGCUCUGCAGUGCAUGGAUAAAGGGAAUAGGAUGGGCUCUUUAAUGUGAGGUUAAUAUAUGAUUCAUUAUUUCCACUGUAAAACAUUUGACUGAUGUUGUUUGUGGUAUCUGCAGGUGGGGAGCUGUUUAUGCAGCUGGAAAGAGAGGGCAUCUUCAUGGAGGACACGGCGUGGUGAGUUAGUUUGUUUGACACCAAAAAAAAUCUUUCUUCUGACCCACGAAUACAAAUGAUUGAGUUUCUGGAAAGUCUCCUGCUGCAGGAUGUUUUGGUUAAACAUGUCAAAUCUCAAUUUCUUUGGAUCUUUUCAUCCCCUUUUCAACCCACACCUCAAGUGUUUAUACACAUAUUCAAAAGCCAGCUUCACAAACGACAACAUAAAACUGUUUCCAAAUGGGGACAGUUUGGGUAUCCCAGCAUGUAACCAUUGUUGUAAGUUGUCUCUUAGAAAACUAACUCUAACAGUUAAACAAGCAGCUCUUUGGUUUUGGAAAACAGGCUGACAUGACACAGUUUUUAGUCAGUGUGACGUUAAGUCAGAACAAAUACUUGAAGUACCUGCUGUUCUGUUUUAUAAACACAGCCUGUCGAUGAAAACAGUGAUUACAUGAGCCGAGCUGCUGAACAAAUAAGGGUGUGUAAUAUUCCUGGAAAUGACUCCUACACUGUGGAUCAUCCAGGAACACAUGAUGGAGACUUCUUUGAUGACAUUAUCAGCCAUAGGUUCUUAAUUUGAAUCAAAUGUUGCUGAUCUGACAGCCUGGUUUUCUUUUCCUGAGCACAGUUUCUACCUGGCUGAGAUCUCAAUGGCACUGGGUCACCUGCACCAGAAAGGCAUUAUCUACAGAGACCUGAAGCCUGAGAACAUCAUGCUCAAUAACAACGGUACAGAAAACAUGGGGGCGUACAUGGAGGGCUUCACUUACAUACAUGUCCUUUCUUUAUAUGACCUUUAUUUCCCAGACGGGAUCUCUUCCUCGAGUCAUCUGAGACUUAAUCCAUAGUUUCUCUGGUUUAUAGUUUGGCUCAUGUUCCUUCUUUGUCUCUGUUUUCCUGCAGGACACGUGAAGCUGACAGACUUUGGUCUGUGCAAAGAGUCCAUCCAUGACGGGACGGUCACACACACCUUCUGCGGCACGAUCGAGUACAUGUAUGUCACACAACUAUUGUCCAGAUCUAAUAAUUGAUCCAGCUCCCAGCUUUGUGGUCAUGUUUCCUGCCUCCUACACAGAGUGGUGCGUUCGCUUUCUCAUGUUUCAUACACGUGUCCUUCCUCAGGGCUCCAGAGAUCCUGAUGAGGAGCGGACAUAACCGAGCAGUGGACUGGUGGAGUUUAGGGGCUCUGAUGUACGACAUGCUGACAGGAGCAGUAAGUGCAGACCAAGCAGUCCAAGAGUUGAUAAAUAAAGAACACUGUUCAUGACCACACUGCAGGGGUGUCAAAUUCAACAUUUCUUACUUAUGCUAGUGGAUACAUAUGAAGCACACUAGUCUCUAUCUUUUUUACAGAGUCGACAUAAAAAUGUUGAAUAUGUAAACAUGGUCUAGAUCUGGGAAGUGUCCUGGUUUCUGUUUGUAACGCAUUGAGGUCCAAGUAGUAUUGACCCAUCAUGCACAAGCAGGCGGUUCUGAAAAGACAGAUGGUGUGCAGAGCAAAAGCAGGUGGAACACACACCACAGUAAUGACAGCCUGGCUCCCACCAGCAGCACAUCCAUUCAUCUCCAUGAACAGAUUUUUUUUGUUAUUUAUGCGUAAAACUUUACACUUGUGACAAACCGUUUCAUUACUGGGUUGCAAAAUCCUGUGAGGUGUUACAUUUCCUAACUUCCCUGAAUGCAUCAGGAAGAAAGACCUUUGUUCAGAAAGUGCACACGAUGAAAUGGUUCCCUUUCUUGAGGACAGAUGGACAAAUCGUGCAUUUUUACUUUGUACAAAUGUGCAUCUAUUUUGGCAAACUUCAAAUCCAUAAAUUGUAUGACAAGCAAAAGUUUUACCAAUGCUCCAAUUCUAAAUAUUUGUUAUAUGGUUUAGAAUGAACAUAAACUGUGUUCAGUGAGACAAAUAUUACUGAUUUUACCCAGAGUCUCAAGCAUUGUAAAAUAACAAGUUUUAGAGCUGUAAUAAUUAAGAGCUAUAGCACCAUACCGUGUCAAUGUGAUAGAACUGAUUAAAGAUACUGUCAGAAUCUCAUACUGAUCUACUCGUGAACUUUGACCUCAUCGUAUUCAAAACAUGACCUGAGGCUAUCUAAGGGGAUGUAAAGGAACCAGAAAUGACGUUGCAGAUGUAAACACAGCAGGCUGACAGUUUAUUGGCUGAAAGUUUUUUUCAUGACUGCUGGCUGCUCUGUAAUUACUGAGAAGUUGGCAUCUGUCCUCAAGGGCAAAUAGCACAUCUCAUCACCAGCUGAUGAUGGACGAGGAUUGCUAAUGCAUCCUGGGAUUGAUAGCACACCUAUUUUCCAUCAUAAUUAUGGCUAUGGCAGCAUCCUGAUUUUCAUACAGGUCUGUUGUAUUUACGAUAACAGGUUAUCAGGGUCCCACAGAUGUAGAAUAAAAAAAGUUUGAUCAAGCCCAGGAUGAGCUUUUUUUAAUGUAUUUAUUAAAACGUUGAGUCAUACCAGAUUAUAAUUUUUUUGUUUGUUUGUUUUAUUUUAUUUUAUUUGUAUUUUUUUUUUUUUUUGGGGGGGGGGGGUAAAUUUAAGUUAUGAAGUUAUGGUCAAACACACCAUAACACCGAGUUAGACGCCCCCUCAAGAGAUGAAUGUUGCCAACUGCUUGCUUCUCCAUUUAUACCAACCUGAGUAACGACCACACGACAGCAAUACACAGCGGUCUACAUCUCCAUUAGCAAACCUCAACCAAAAAGCCACUCUAUAGCUACAAAUGAUGUUCAGAACAGCACCUAACUUCAUCAACAGUACAUAUAGGGUCCCAGCCAUAGUACGAGCCAUCAAACAUUUUUUUAGCUUUGCCUAAUUUCUUUAGCAAAGAGACUAAACACAACUCACCCACUCUCUUCCAGCAGCCGCUUGUUUGUGGGGGAGCCUUGACAAGUCGAUCACUGAGUGCAGUGGAGUUUUGCAGCUCAAGGAAGAAAAUUCAUCAUUAUUACUUCAUGGAAAUGCAAUCAGAGUUCUUGUGUAUCUUGUAUGUGCUCUGCAGACGCGGUAGUUCUUCGGCCUUAGUGUCUUGGUCUGAUCAUACGCUGGAAUAUCCCUUAAAGGUUUAACAGCAGAUUAGGGUUUCUUUCCUGAUCGCAGCCCCGUGUGUGCACACAAACUGACCAGCUGACAGUUUGCAAGUCUGAGAGUAAACAAGAAAAGUGAGGAUGAUGCUUCCAAAAGUGCAGCUGCAAGUUUCUGGUGUUUUUGAUUAACAAUGUAUGAGUGUGGAGAGAAAAAUACUCUGAGGGUUUUUGAACCUGCUUUUGAUUUGGAUGGCCAAAAUUGAAAGCUCAUUUCAGUGAAUAUUUUAUUCAGGCACGAACUGCAGGCAUGACAGACCAUUUCAAGAGGGCAGCAUGAGUGAGUGAUGCAUUCUCUUACAUUUGUUUCUGUGUUGAUUUGCUCUCUCAGCCUCCAUUCACCGGUGAAAACAGAAAGAAGACGAUUGACAAAAUCUUGAAAUGCAAACUCAGCCUUCCGCCUUACCUCACACAAGAAGCCAGGGACCUCCUGAAAAAGGUGAGCCCUGAAGGUUAUCCUUCUCUCCUUGUUAGGUAAAACAUCUUGAUUGGCAGAAAACUGAGUGUCCAAACUUUCUCUGUCAGCUGCUGAAACGAAACGCCUCGUUACGACUCGGAGCAGGACCAGGAGAUGCUGCAGAGGUCCAGGUAAAUCCAUCUGUCAAAAGCAGUCUCAGAAGUAUGAGCAUGCAUUAACAUGAUGAAAAAUAAAAAUGCCUCUUUAAUCUUGAAAACCUAAAACCUGGUUUCUGUCAUCAAAUUUGAAGGCCCACUUGUUCUUCAGACACAUAAACUGGGACGACCUCCUUGCUCGGAAAGUGGAGCCUCCAUUCAAACCUUUCCUGGUGAGUUUUCCUCAUUUCUAACAGCAUCGUCCUCUGUGGCGGAUCCAUAAAAUGGGAUUAACCGAUCUGCUUCUUUUGGCAGCAAUCAGCUGAUGAUGCCAGCCAGUUUGACUCCAAGUUCACCAGCCAGACCCCUGUGGACAGUCCUGACGACUCCACGCUCAGCGAAAGUGCCAAUCAAGUCUUCCUGGUGGGUAACACUCUGCAGGUCUGCAACAACACUGAACUGGUGAUCUGCCAGUAUCAAACCUUUUUACUCACCCACUGCUCCCCAAAAAGACAUAAUACCAGUGUCCCUGCCAUUCGAUUGUUACUGCCAGCAGGGCUUGUUGAUCCACAGCAGGAGCUCCAUAUACAGACUCACAGAAGGCUUCCACACUCUGCAUCACCACUGUCACAAAAGUCUAAAUUAUUACAUGUGUAAGCAGCGUUGAAUAGUCAAUAAUAAUAUUUCAGAUCAAUGUGUGACUGUGUGUGGAUUUACACACUAGCACAAGCAAACACACAUCAUACAAUAAUCAAACAAACAAACAAUGAGUGAGCAGAUGAACAGCAGGGACAGUGUAAUAAGUCUCUGUAGGAAAGAGGGCAGAGGGCUUUGUCUCUGGGACACGGCUGAGAUCAUGAGUCAGUGUCUCCAGAGGAGCAAUAAAUCGCACAAUGUAGUGAUGUGUGAUAUCCACAUGCUGCUUAUUCGCACCUGCAGAACAGACCGCUGUAACUCUUGGACUCUUUUACCAAGAGUAAGAGAAUUAUUAACCAGAAGCUGACGUCUUUAUUAAACAGAGCGUCUCCAGUCUUCACCAUCAGAUUCCUACAGCAGCCUCAGACUUCAGCUGAGUCUCUCUAAUAAGCAUCAAACUUGGAAAUAAUAACUGAAAUCAUAAAUAAGACCCAGGUACCCACAAGUUCUGGAUAAAAUCCUCUGUAGCAGUCUAUAAAGAACCUUCAGUCCAGUCUGACUCAGAGUUUUAUUGUCCCUCAAGGGAGAUUUGAGCUACGCAGUGACAAAAACAUUGCACUCGAGCUUUGCAAAUUACGGACAUUGAUUGCUCACUGAAAAAAAAGUAAGUUCAUACUUAUUUGUUCUUGCUUUCAGGAGCCUACGGUCCAGUUCUUAGUUCAAUAUGAAAUCAACUAUCUGUUUGUGUUGAAUCUUAGUUUUACUGUAAGAUGUAAGUUACACAGAGGCUUCACUCUGACCUGAUUCAGCAGAAGGAUACUGCAACUAUUAGCAACUAACAGGUCUCAAGUUUUCAAGUCACAACAUAAUGAUGCAGAUUUGUAAAAAGACGUUUUUAAGGAGGAGGAGAGAAGAAACUUAUGAAAGUGUUUGCUUUCUUUUUUUUCUUGAACUGCUGAUUGUUUUAGUGAUUCAGUGCUGAGCAGACUUGUUGUUCAAUGUCGAAUUUAAAACAGACUGUUAGCUGCAUAAAGGAAUUAGUUUACAGAAAUAAAUAUGAUAUUAGGAUUCUGCUGACGGCAGCUGAGGUGUCAUUGUUGCAGAGUGUUUUGCUCUCCUCAUGGACAGUUUUUCCUGCAAACACCAGAGUCAGCUGAUACUGACUGAUCAGUGCUACCUGAGCUCAAAAAACACUACAAAUGAAACGAGAACACUUCAUAUAGACUCUCAAAUACUGAGGUAAAUACAUAUCAUUGGUAUAAAAACCGUUAAGGAUAGCAGACACCAAUCAGAACCAGUAAAAAACAAAGUGUCAGCAUUAUAAGUGAGUGGUCUACAGCUGUUUUAACUAAGUGUUUUUAGUUUUGGUACAUUAGCCAGUGUUAGAGAAGUAUCAGGUGACAUUUAAAGAGUGGUACUGAAAAGAAAAAAGUUCCUCCAUCACUUAUUUGUUUUUAUUACUUCAUCCUUGAGAGUGAAUGUGACUUCACAAGAACAGUUAGUGGGAGUAAACACUUACUGGACUCCAAACCUGCAGAAAGAGCCUAUUUCUGGUAAUAAUCUCCAUAACUUUAUUAUCUAAGUAAUCCAAAGUUCCUGUGCACACAUCUUGUCAACAAACACACACACAACCACAGAGGUCAGCUGCAGACUCAGUGUUUUUUUCAUCCUCUUCAACAAGUCGCUCUUACGAGAAUCUGCUAAUGUAACACAUCUGGUCCAGUGUUGUUGGUUUUCCUGGAAGCUUCUCUCACUGCUUCACCACAUUGCAUGAUCCAGUUUACUCAGCGUUUCAUUGCUCAUCAUCAGCUGUGGGUUGUUUUUGGAACCAUGUCUUUGAAGAGGUGGACUCACAUGUCCGUCUGUUAUUGUCCCCCUCCUCUGCCCUCAGGGUUUCACAUAUGUAGCUCCAUCUGUGCUGGAAAACGUCAAAGAGAAGUUCUCCUUCGAGCCAAAGGUCCGCUCACCGCGGAAGUUCCCUGGAAGCCCAAGGACACCUGUGAGGUAACAACAAGUUGUUGUUUUUUCUCUCUGGUUCCCUUGAAUUCCUCUGGUCAUCAUUUACAGAUUUUCCACGUAGCAAGUCUUUUCCUGCUUCGAUUACUCAUUUGCAGAGCUUGUAAAUGUUGCCAGAUUGAUCUGAAACAAGCCAAUAGAAUAAACAAAAGUCCUUUUACAAUGGCUGAGUCUUCUCAGCAUCCAACAUGUUCACCACCAGUAAAGCUGGGCCAUGUGAAUUAGAAAAACUGUGGGUUUUUUUUCACACCACAGCUUCCUUAAGUAUAAAAAACAUUUUAUCUAUCACCCAGCUUUCUCGCUGAUCAGCAGACUGUGUUAAAUACUCAAUUCUGAUUGGUUAAAAACCCUUGACAACAGGUUUGGACUCUGCAUAACAAGAGCAACAACAGAAACAAGCAGAUCACACACCAUGUCAAAUGUCUAACCCUGCUGGUUGAAGCUCCAGACAUCAUAUACUUGAUUGUACGUCGUGUCACCGCCAUCUUGCUAAGGGCGUUCUGGAAAGAUGCUUAUUCACAUGUAUGUAGAACCAUGCCCUCUGCCUGACUGUUAAAUCAAGACGCCCUUUUUCUAACACAGCCUUCAGUGGAAAUGAUCAAUGAAAGGAUUAUCAUCAUAUCAGCAUGCUAAUGAUUUAGCUGGAAUGUUACAUAAAAUCAGAGAGACAUUUUGAAAUGAAUGAAGGUGUCAUUAAAUCAAUGUUUAGUUUCAGUAUAUUCAUUAGUUAAGUCGGUAGCCAGCUAGUAAGUGGUGUAAUGCAUGGUGAACCUGGAGUUAUGGACAUUAGAAUCCAGUCACUGUUGAUUUUUAGCUCAAAAUACGAAUUUUUCUUUUAUUUGAAAGACAGUCUUUGUCAGUUCCUGUAUAUUGUGACAGCUCUGGUCAAAACAGCAAUAUUUGUUGUUUUAUGGAAAAGUGUCAGCUCAAUUUAACUUUGAUGCCAGUAAUAUUAAUAAGUCAUUUAGUUUGUUUAUUGCCCUUAACUCUAUAUGAGUCAAUCAGAACCAAAAACACACAUUUUUAUAGUUUCAUUUUCUUCAUUGUUUUCAUAUUCCAGUAAAUAUCGUAGAGAGACAACACAGUGCAAUGUCCCGCUGAUUAUUUUUGAAACCCAUGUACUCAGUUUCUCGCCUCUUUCUUUACAGCCCGGUGAAGUUUGUCGGAGGGGACUGCUGGCCUCGGGGCCCUUCGCUGACCGGCUGCCCCUCUCUGCUCUCUCCUGGUAACUGUGUAGAGCAGCCCAUGGAGGUGUCCACAGAGGAGCAGAUGGACAUGAGUAGCAGCAGCAACUGUGAAGCCUCCGCCCCUCUUCCCAUUCGGCACCCCUCAGGCAUCAACGCAGGGCCGUACAAAAAGCAGGUUUACCCGCUGAACUCCAAACGACCUGAACAUCUACGCAUGAACCUAUGACGCCCGGCUUGCCUGUGAGCAUUAGGACUCUUCCAAUUUGUCCUCCUCUUUCUCUUUUUUUUUUUCUCUUAAAGAGACUUGUAGAAUCUUUUUAAAUUGACUGACUGACACUGUCAACGCUGAUCACCAGCUCUUCCAGCAGCGCCUUCCUUUCUCGCGGCCUCUAAACACCUCCCAACUCAGCCCAGCCUCCGCAGCCUGAUGCAGAUAAAUGGCAGGUUCAGUCCAGAAGACGUGUGGUCAGUCAGAGGAAAAGGUGCUCCUCACUUGCUUCUUAAAAGGGUUGUGUCAGCUGAUGACUGCUGGGGUGGUUUUGGUGAACUCAACUGGCUUUAUUAUACGAUUGACUGGUGCUCUGUUAUCCUUCACUUUGGACAAUGUUACUUUAGUGAUUACAAAUCAUCGCCUCCAUCAUAGUGAGAUGUACGGUUACUAAGUAAGCUGUUGCUCUCUUAAUCUGCCCUGUUCAUCUUUUUUUUUUGGUUAAAUUAUCAUGAUUUGAUUAAAAAACAAGCAGGUCAUACUGUCAGUUUGCAGGACUCCCAAAAAUCACAGCAUUUCACCCAGGACAGGUUUUACAGGACAGAUUGUUUCACAGGAAAGUAUCUCCUUCACCCAGAAACUACUCAGAAAAAAGCUAAACCUAAAUCCUUAAACCUGCACUGCAGCUGUUUUAGCAAAACUGCUGUUAAGUCAGAUCAAGGAAAUGAUCAGAGUUUACUCCCGAACGUUUCUUUAUAGCCCUACAUCAUUGGAACAAUAAUGCAGUGUCUCUUUGUAACUCUGUUUUGUACACAAAAUAAGGUUGUCAAUGUUUGAAUUUACAAUGAGACAAAGGGUCUCUUGUAGACAAAAACAGUCAGAUGUGAGCUGAACAUUAUGUAUAAACUCUGUAAUAAUCACUGUGAACUCACUGCUAAUGCUUAUAGUGCCUAAGUUGUGCAUUUUUUUUGCCCCUGCUUCCUGAUUUAUCUCAAGGGCUGAAUCACAGACGAGACUGCUUUGAUAGUCCUGCACAAACACCCAUACAGUUAUACAGCUUAGAGCAGUUUGCUCUUGUUGUGCUUCAGAUGAGCUGUUAGCAUCACCACACUCUACCCCCACUGAGCUUUGUUUAAAUCUGUCCACAUACCCACAGCUUCAUUAUGAGCUAGACUGAAAGGGGAGACCCCUGACCAGUUUAUUAUGAAGUCCAUGUACGACAAAUAUCACUGUGAGAAAAAAAUUUGCAAUGAGGUUUGAGAGAGACAGUUCUUCUCGUAUAAAUGCAUAAUGGCUCAUGUAACAUGCCGUUGGCACCCAGAGCAGAGAAGCUACAGUUUUAGAUGCAUUUAACAUUAAAUACGAGCUUUCUAAGUUCAAACAUUUGUUUCAGUUAUUUAGUACAUGGCUGAAAUGCCGCGUGUUUUAAGGAGUCCUGUUAGUCUGCAGUGUUAUUUCAUCGUAUUUCACAAUGAACACAGUAUUCCUUUAUUUUUGAGGAAACAGUUACAAUGCCUUUUUUUUUCCCUGGAGCAGGUGGAUGAACUAAGACAAAAGCAGCUAUAACAAGAAAAAGAAAAACAUGUAGCUGAAAACAUAUCACUUCCACCACAACCCAAACCAAACGAGUGUGGCGCUUUCUAUAGGAGGCCUUUGUUCUAGAAACACUGCUCAGUUUCUUUGUGUUGAAUGUAAACAGACUCCUAAUGCCUUUUUUAGUGUGUCAAGUUCAGAGUCUUCUGUGAGCUCUGAGGACCACGAAUGGUUUCACUCCUGAAUUGACAAAUAGGAGGAUCUGUCAAUCCUCUUAACAUCUCCAUUAAACAGAUACAGAGAUGACCCCUAAACAUCAACACUGGGCACACAGACACACAGACCGGGCUUCAUCUACAGGUUACGUAACCUAAACACAUGAUAUUUGUUUGAAAAAAAAAAGUGUUUUUUGGACCUCAAAGUAUUUCUUAAAUCUAGGCUAUGUCUGCUGUUGAGGUCAGAGACCAAAAAAUGAAACUCACACACCCUAAAGAAGGUCACGUCUGGUUAAGCUCUGAGUGCUCUGAGGUUUCAUCUGGACUGGAAUGGAUUGGGAAUCAACUUUCCUCUAUUUUCUAUCAGGUUAAUCAACUCUCUCUUGUACUGGAUUUUCAAGGAAAAACUGGAUUGGAUAAACUUUACCUUAAUACAGAAGAUUACACAAAAUAACUUGAAAUUCUAGUAAGGUUGUUAGUACGGUACAAAUGUUGUCCUUUAGUUAAAUAUUGUAUGUUUGAUAAUAACAGCUUUUUUUUCAACUAUUAGGGCCUGUGUCCACCAACAGCCUUUUUUGUUCAGGAAACUCCAACUCUAUACAAAACUAGUGCGGUUUAAGCUCUCAGCAGCUCCAGUGCAAAAACACACUGCAUGCAGCUGUUUUUUUGUCUUCACAUCAUUCUAUUAGAAAUAGUUUAAUCUUUGGAAGGCUGCCGCUGCCAGCAUCAGACAACCUCUAUAUGACCGAUCAAAUUUAAGACAGGGUUGAACCUCUAAUAUUGAUGUCAAUAACCAUAGCAGAGGCCCAUACUGAGCAACUUUCCACGCAAUUUCUAGAGCUGCUGCUCAUGCUGUAAAAGUUUUACCUGAUUUUCAAAAUCUUCUCUUCAUAAAUGUCCUUGAAUUUAAGCAAAUCAAUCACAAACAGUAUAUUUGAACACAUACCUGUUACUACUAAGGGCAAAUGUCACUACUGUGGGCGAGCUAGCCACAGUAAACAUCAGCGAGAGGUGCUCUGCAUCUGCAGUCACAGGUGCAGCCAGUGUUCAAAAAUGCUGUUAGUGCACACAGGCCCUUAAGCUUACAACCUGCUUUGUUACUGUCUUGAUGCAGCAGUUUAAGGGCUAAACUCAAGUAUGAAAAUCAUUGUUCUGUUUGACCUGCUAGAAUAUGGAGCGCACUUUGAUCCUCUUAUCCAGCCUGAAUCCAGCUCUGUUCUCUGAUCAGGAUAAUCCACAUUUUUUCAUCAGUUACCCCAGUCCUGCUUAGAAGUUUUGAACAGAAGUUAUUAAACCAGGAUUAAAUGACCUGAUCCAGUCUGAAUCCAGUCCAUCAGAUGACUUUUGAACAGCUGGACCCUGAAGUCAGGCCACUCAAACUCUAAAAAAUGUGUAAAAUACCCUGUCUUUUCUGCCCAGUUGCUCACUGAUAAACAGACAAAAUACUACAGCCUCAGUUGAAAUCGAGAUCCUCAGUUUAACACACCAACCAAAACCCCAGUUUGAUGAACCAAAUGGAUGAUUUCAAACAGAUCAAUCCUGGACAAAGAUUUCUCAUAUUGUUCAACUAGAUUUUUUAUUAGUUAUGUUUUAAUUUGUUCUGUAACUUAUUUCUUUUUUAACCUGAUGAGCUGCUGAUUGAUUUUCUCUUUCUCUCAUUCCAGCACAAUACUUGUAUUUAAGACCAGCCACCCCACUAUUUUCCUUUGUGAAAGAGUUGAUGUAUUUAUUUUAAGUGCCAUUUAGUUUCCACUGCAUUGUCCACACUAUGCAAUCUCUGUAUUUAUUAUGUAGUAUUAUUUAGGUAAAGCUGCGGAAUGAGUGAUACAAUGAGCAUGUAUGGUUAUGAUUUAAUCUCUGCAGAAAAUGUCUUAAAGCAACCUCCGAUGCAUCUUUUUUUUUUUUUUUAUACCAAAAGUCAUGACGGUUACCAAAAGUCUGACAGUAUUUAUUGUGUGGCAUCCUAUCAAAGUCAGAGAGAUUUCCAGCAAACAUUUUGAUAUCUUUGACUUUUCUUGCUUGCUGAAGACUUCAAACUUUAUUCUGUGUUUUUGCGGUGCUUAAAGCAAAGGGGGCGGUUCUUAUUAAAUGAAAAAUACCUAAUGCAGAAUCCAAUGGGGAUGGCAUUGUGCCUUUGCUGAUGUGAUUUAAUAUGAGUCUAAAAGAGGUCAGGAGACUUUAGACAUUCAGCUAAGAGUGUUUCUAUUCACCAAUGGGCAUUGAUGACAUUAUUCCUGUUGCUUCACCGUAGACCUGCCUCUUCAGAGUGAGAAUGUUCAAAUGUAUCAUGUACAUAAUGAGGUCAAAAUAAAAAAACAUGGAUUUGUUUCCA